AUGCCAGCUCGGGGUCGAUCCCCGGCUCCUAGCCUACCGCCUGUCGCCGACGACGAUGCUGCGGCGCCCUUCUCCGAAAUAUACAAGGCCCCUAUCGACUCGACAACCCCCGAGGACACCACCGCUUUUGCCGAGCUCACCGAUCGCAGCAUUUUUGUGACGGCUAAUGGAAUCCGCUACCGUCUCGAGAGGAUCGACGACGAGGACGGCUACUUGGCGCCUGCUCAACCGCCGCACCACCGAAGUCGAGGUCGCGUGCCCACUUCCCCUUCUUCCUCCUUCUCAGGACAAAUUCACCCACCUUCUCCCUCCGCUGCCCAGCCCGCAACCCAGCCCAACGCUUCAUACACAUCGAUCCCCAACGUGUCUGGAACCUCGAUUUCCUACCCGGGGCAACAGCCACACCUGCAUGCGCCGCCCCACAACAGCGCCGGCUGGGGGCGAUCGUCCUCCAAUGCCAGCUCAUACUCGCGCUCCUCCGGUGCGCAUUCGAUGUACUCGAUUCAAUCUGGGUAUGCUACGGCCGCCAGUACCAUUGCUGUCCCGCCUCGACCAGGUUACCCCAGGAGAGCGGGAUCGUUCACCCAAGACGCCGUUGCGGAUAACAUGGCACAGCUCAAUCUGAAUGGCUUCGGAGCGAACACAUUCUAUGGGGAAUCGGAUGGUGGCGCGCAUACUGCGGAAGCCCUCACGGAUCCGAGCUUGGGUCCCAUGCCACCUAUGAGCCCGAUCCGCCGCCACACCGACGGGCUUUCCCAAGGGACAGCCUCUCCGGCGAUAUCCUAUGUGACGGCAGUUCAGUACGAACAACAAUCGGUGUCUCCCCCAGUGGUAUCGGCGUCGUGGGAGUUGCCGACAAGCUAUGCCUCACCGCCCUGGACCAGCGUCAACUACCCCAGCUACACAACACAGAGCUCAAAGCUCGUACAAGAGUCGCUCCAGCAAGCGACGGCUAAGACGGGGCUGCCGUCACUUGUGGAAGGCGCCACUCUUAUAUCACACCCACCGGUCUCCGUGGAGGCGAGCCCUGACCCCUCAAGUCUAUCUCUAUCAGCGCCACAUAAGGAAGUUUUAGAUGAGCGGAUGAUGCGGCAUGGGUCAUACCCACUUUUACAUCACUCCAUAUCGGCACCGGCGUCACACUCGGGGCAAAAUUCAACGUGGGUGAACAUUGGGCAUGGCGAGAUCGAUACGCAGACCCCGGUGGUCAUACCCGAACCGGCCCACUCUACUUCGGGGGAUACGACAAUCAAGGCAAAUAACGCUCAGCUUGUCCCCGUCUACGCCUACGACCAACGGCUGCUCAAUGUUGUGUACAUCCGGGACGGUGAAAGCAAUAACGGAGCUGGAUACAGGCCAAGUUGGAUUUAUCAAUUCUCAAGCCUCAGAGCUCUCUUUGAUUUCCAGGCCUGUCUCACAGGCGAAAAAGUUGUCCUAGAUAUUGGCAGCGUCCGCAUGGUGACAAUCAACAAGGCCAACGUCUUCACAAACACGCAGUACUCAAGCGCGCGUCUACAAAUCUGGCAUGAAGCCGAAGGUCGGCGGAAUGCUCAGUCAGAUGUGGCAUCUUUUGUGACGGCUGGUACAGCGCUAUCGGGGCCGCUGCGCGAACGUGUGACGGUGAGCUCGUCAAGGUUGAUGUUGUAUCUGGGACGGACAGAGGAGUAUCUCACUUUAUUUACCGAGAGCCAGACGAUCGUCAAAAUACGGCCCCGGAAGGGGUCGAUACGACGCUGGCAGUCUGUCAAGGCGCACCAUGUGCCCAAGAGAGGCACUGAGCCAGCCGGGCUGGACAUCCAUGGCCGGGUGGUAGAGGUGGACGUCGAGUCGGCAUACGAUUCGUACCGCACUAUUAAAAUUGAAUUUGAAAACUCCCAGAGUAUCCCCUUCUUCCCUCAGGCCAAGACGUUUUCUUGCGAAAAUGGGAAGAAGUAA